CCUCCCAUGACUCUUCCCUCUGGCCAACCUCCUACAAUCUGAUCACCGGCCAGGCCAAGGGACCCCACCUGUGCACGAAUUCGUGCACCUGGCCUCUAAUAGGUAAUAAUUUCUCACUGAGCUCUUGAGGGCUACUAAUAUACUAACUGACUUCUGUGGAGAUGAGCACACAGUAUGAGGAAAAGGCCAAAUUUAACCAAAUUCUAAGGACAAAUAUUCUAUCUAAAAUGUUUUUAUUUCUUCUUCAUGCUCUGAAAUUUCUUUCCAGUAUAUAAAGCUAGAGAAAUAUGUAAAAUAUACCCUAUUAUUUAUUUCCUAAAACUAAAUUAAGGCUUACGUAACUAUAACAUUGUAAGAGAGAAAUGGGAAACUACUGCUGCUUCUAGACAAAUAAAAAAAUAGUCUUUGAGCCUGUAAUAAUGUCAACAUUAAAACAUUUAAUUUAAAAAGUCAUUGUUUUCAACAGUAUAUAAAAAUCAUAGUGUAACUUUUUUAUUUAAUAAAGGAAAUAACUUCAAUUUAAUUGCUUCAAUUAUGCUAUUUUAUUGCUCAGAUAGAAAUUCAGCUUUGCUUAUUAUGAAAAACAUUUUCAUCAUCUUAAUUUCUAGAUGAUUCUAAGGAGAGGGGUAUAGGCUGCAUAAAUUAUUAUUAACAUCAUGACUUUUAACAAAUUAGAUGUUUCACACCUCAAUGAAGAAGUCAUACUCCUCUUCCAAUAGUGAUGCUCUACUUGAGAUAAUUUUGGAAUAUUCCUACAAGACAUUCCUUUGAAUAUCAUUAGUGACAAUUCUUUCUCCAUUAAAAAUUAAUUUAAUUUUUUGAAGCCAUCAAAAAUUAAUUUAGAGCUAAGUGGGAUAAAUAAGGUAGGUGUUCAGACCAUUUUUAAUAGUUUAUUUUCAACCCAGUAAAAUGGAUAAUAAUUGACUUGUGAGACCAGUUUUUUCUGUGGCUUACAAAUUGGAGAGUUCUAAAGGAAAAUCCAGAAUCAUUUUAAGAAGUAGUAGUAUGGCUAUAUAUGUGGCUAACACGGUUGCUUUGAAAAAACUAAAUUUUUAAAUGCUCAUUCUACAAUAUUACUACAAAAAAUUAUUCAUAGCUACUUAUCAGCAUGCACAUGAUUUGACAUUUCUCUCCACAGUCCUUGAUACGGUAAAUAUAAUAUUCUAUAGAGAAAAAGGGCUUUGUAUUUAUUUUCAUAUUUCCCUCUACCUAUAGCCAGAGAUUAAUUCACAAUAAUUUUGAGUAAAUUCUUCAUUUUAAGAAUGCUCAAAAUGGCAUUGCCAUUUAAAGUAUGGGGAAAUGCAAUUACUUAAUUUGUUUAACAGAGGAGUAAAGUCAGAAGUCUGUUACAUAAAUCUGUUUCAUAAAAUAAGCUACUAGAUCACAAUUUAUUACUUUUAAUUAAAUAUGAAAGGUUUAUAUUUUUCAUAUUACCUUUGUCAAAACACAAUCACUCCCAAAAAUAUUCUCUGAAAUCUUGAUUUUAGUUUAACAUUAUAAAUAUUACAAACCUGACUUGUGCUUGCCGAAGGUAAGAACAUACGCUGAAUUUUACUUAGUAAUUUGACUAAGUUGUUCACUUAAUAUGUCUAGUACAGGCCUCAUGGGAAUUAUCAGUAUUUCAAGGAAGAAAAACAAGUCCAAAUAGCAUAUUGCUUUUUUAAAUAAGAAAUCUUAUAAGUAUAUAUUUUUAAAGCUACUUAAUUCUCAUUAUGUAUUAUUUACCAACCAGUAUUUUUUAGUAAGUAUCGGAUAUAAAGUAAUGAAACCAUUUUUAAUAUUAAAGCUAAGAAAAUAAAGGCAAAAACUCUCAUCAUGGUGGGAGGGGGUGGCAUAAUGGCAUCAAAUUAGAAAAUAAGCUGAAACAUUUGAUUUAUGUGGGAACAUUUACUUAGGAAGGGAGUCAUUGUUUUUGAAAAACAGGACCAGAGAGUCGUUUUAAUGCUUUUGAGUAAAGAAGAAAUUCUGUAGAUAUGAUUAAAUAGGAAAAAGUGGUGAUGCAUUUUCUAAUCUGUGGUGUGAAACAAAUUGAGUAAAUAGUGCAGUUAAGAUUUAUUGACUAUAAUGGGAAAAGUAUUAAAGAUUUUGGUUAAAACCUUUUUAAAGUAUGAUUCUUACCCAGAAAGUUGCCUCAGAAUCUCUGGGAAGCUUCUUAAAGAAGCUUCUUUAAAAUGCAGAAGCCUCUGUCCCCUCCUCCAGGUCUCUGUCCCCUACUCCAGGCCCCUGGACUCCCUGGGCAGAGUCAUGGCAGGUGUAUUCUCAACACACACUUCCCCUGUCCUCCCUGUCACUGCCUUAAAGCAGGUGUCUGAGUCUCCUGGAGAGCUGACCCCUUCCUCCUGCGGAUGCCCUGGGCCUGGGGUGGGGUGGAAGAUGUCUAUGGACGUGACGUUUCUGGGGACGGGCGCAGCGUACCCAUCUCCGACCCGGGGCGCCUCUGCUCUGGUCCUCCGGUGCGAGGGCGAGUGCUGGCUCUUUGACUGCGGGGAGGGGACCCAGACGCAGCUUAUGAAGAGCCAGCUUAAAGCAGGGAGAAUUACCAAGAUCUUCAUCACACAUCUUCACGGAGACCAUUUCUUUGGCCUUCCUGGCCUCCUCUGCACCAUCAGCCUGCAGAGUGGCUCCCCGGUCACCAAACAGCCCAUUGAAAUCUAUGGCCCCACAGGCCUUCGGGACUUCAUCUGGCGAACCAUGGAACUCUCUCACACCGAGCUGGGCUUCCCGUACGUGGUCCAUGAGCUGGUGCCUACGGCAGAUCAGUGUCCUGCGGAAGAACUGAAGGAAUUUGCACAUGUGGGUAGAGCAGACAGCUCUCCCAAAGAGGGACAAGGAAGGACUAUCCUGUUAGACUCGGAAGAAAACUCAUACCUUCUGGUCGAUGACGAACAGUUUGUUGUGAAAGCAUUUCGCCUCUUUCACCGAAUCCCCUCCUUCGGCUUUUCCGUGGUGGAGAAGAAGCGCCCCGGCAAACUCAAUGCACAGAAGGUGAAAGACCUCGGUGUUCCGCCAGGUCCUGCCUAUGGGAAGCUGAAAAAUGGAAUUUCUGUUGUUCUGGAAAAUGGAGUUACAAUUUCUCCCCAAGAUGUCUUAAAAAAGCCUAUUAUUGGGAGAAAAAUUUGCAUUUUGGGUGACUGUUCCGGCGUUGUGGGUGAUGGAGGCGUGAAGCUGUGCUUUGAAGCAGACCUGUUGAUCCAUGAAGCGACCCUGGAUGACGCCCAGAUGGACAAAGCAAAGGAGCACGGCCACAGCACGCCACAGAUGGCAGCAGCGUUUGCCAAGCUGUGCCAAGCAAAGAGGCUUGUUCUGACUCACUUCAGUCAGAGGUACAAACCAGUUGCCUUGGCCAGAGAAGGAGAAACAGAUGGGAUUGUAGAACUAAAAAAGCAGGCUGAAUCAGUGUUCGAUUUCCAAGAAGUGACUCUAGCAGAAGAUUUUAUGGUGAUUGGCAUUCCCAUCAAGAAGUGAGGCCAGCGUUCCUGAAUGUAUACCGACAUGUCCCGAAUAUGUUACCGAACCACAAAGUUUGUUGUUGUGUUGGUCUAGAAUUAUUUGGGUCCCAAUAAUCCUAAAAAUGAUGGAGUGUCGUUGCUGAACUGAUUCCGCAGUGAGAGGGAGCAAGUGUUUUUAUAAUAAAUCACUU